AUGUCGAGCGCGAAUCAGCUCCUCCUACUAGCCGACCACAUCAAGCUUUCGCUGCUCGAACGGCAACGGGCGCAGAGCCUCAACCUCGACGCAGAAGCCAACGACGGCCACAUUGCCCGGUCGCUUGAACAAUUCAAAGAUGGACUAGAAGCGCUGGAGCAGAAGCAGGCGCAGCUAGAGGCGGAGGGCGAUGAGGAUGGAGCCCUCACGAUAGGCGACCACCUGCCGGAUCUGCAGAAGCAAUACAAGGACCUCCAGUCGCAAUUCCACGGCUUCUCGUCGCCGGCCACCGACUCGACGCUCACGCACCCCAACGACCCGGCCCUGGCCGCCGACUUUGCCCACGCCACCACCUCGCCCAAGGACAUGGCCGCCAGCGGCUCGUCGCUCCGGCCCCAGGGCGUCCAGCGCGGCGCCUCCUCCAAGACGGUCCGCUUCUCCGACAACCCGUCCUCAAGCGACGGGCGCGAUCCGGACGUCGAGGCGCAGCUGUUUGGCUCGCGGUACACGGAUAACCCCAACGGCGACGCGGCCGGCUACCGCGAUGAGAUUGACUCGCAAAACAUGGACAACCAGCAGAUCCACGCGUACCAUCAGCAGAUUAUGGACCAGCAGGACGCCCAGCUCGAUGCUCUGGGCGUGUCCAUUUCUCGACAGCGGGAGCUCAGCAUGCAGAUUGGCGACGAGCUCGACGAGCAGGUCGCAAUGUUGGACGAGGUUGACGUCGUAGUUGACCGGCAUCAAGGGCGGAUGGAUCGAGCUCGGCGGCGGGUCGACAAGAUUUCCAGGACGGCCAGUGAUAAUAAGCAAAUGGUUGCCAUCAUUGUUCUGAUUAUCAUUCUGAUUCUUCUGAUUGCUCUAUUGAAAUAG